GCCCGCGCACAGGGGUCGCGGCAGACUGGGAGAGGCGCGCAGCAUCCUCCGCUCGGUGAAGGUGUGACUGACUGAGAGCAUCUCUACAGCCCACAAACUCCUCUUCUCCACCGGUGACUUAACCUGCAGUACACUUUAAAGAUGGCAUCUGCUGAAGAUAUCCAGGUCAAAGAGCUCGACAAGCGGGCCUCUGGUCAGGCUUUUGAAGUCAUCCUGGGCGCUCCGACCCCAGACAAGAGUGACUUCCCCCUGUCUCAACCCAAAAAGAAGGACGUCUCGCUGGAGGAGAUCCAGAGGAAGCUGGAUGCUGCAGAGGAGAGACGCAAGAACCACGAGGCCGAGGUCCUGAAGCACCUAGCUGAGAAGCGCGAGCACGGGAAGGAGGUGCAGCAGAAAGCCAUGGAGGAGAACAACAACUUCAGCAAGAUGGCCGAGGAGAAGCUCAACCAGAAGAUGGAGGCCAACAAGGAGAACCGCACAGCCCUCAUGGCAGCCAUGAACGAGAAAUUCAAAGAGAAGGACAAAAAGUUGGAAGAGGUGCGAAAGAACAAGGAGACCAAAGAGCCCGGCUCAGAAGGCACUUCGGAAGACUGAAGCUUCCACGCGGGGGAUUGUAUAGGGUUUUUUACGUAUCCAAAGAUUGAUUUAUUUUUUGUUCGGCCAGUAUUUUUGUUGUGUUCACUACCCACCUUUUUGAAAUACAAGUCCCACUUUGUGAAUUUUUCAAUUCUCCUGCUCUAAGUGUACUUGCGCUGGUUUUACAUGUGGCUCAUGCCCCCUCCUCCCCGCUCUCGUCCAGUCUAAUCCAUCAGAUAUGUAGCUUGUGCAGCUUUUUGCCCUUUUUGAAAAUUAGCAGUGUGUAUUUAUCCCCUUUUGAGGAAAGCAUGUUUCUAUGCAUAGGUCUUUUACUCCUAUUUCAUAGUGCGUUUUGGAUCCGUCCCUGUGAAUCACACCUGUUCUCGGCACUUACUGUAUAUUCAAGACAAA